AUGACCAACCUGCAGAGACCCUCACUGCCCCUGUUGGCUGCUUUAGCCCUAAUACUGGUCCUGGCUGUGAGCCCUGGAGCCAGUACUAAUGCUGAAGCCAAGCAGACAGCAGUGGGUAGAGUGGAGCCGGAUGACCUGACAGAUAAGGAGGUUCAGAAAGUGGUGAACUUUGCUGUCAAAACCUACAAUGAUAUGGACAAUGACGUGUACUUUAGCAGGCCGAUACAAGUGAUGAGCGCCAGUCAGCAGGUAGUGGCUGGGAAAAACUUCUAUGUGAAAAUAAAGUUUGGCCGAACUACAUGUACCAAAACCCAGUCUGAUUUGGCUGACUGUCCCUUCAAUGAACAGCCAGAUCAGCAGAAGAGAAUAACCUGCAAUUUCGAGAUCAACACUGUGGCCAAGCAAAACAAGAUGUCUGUGACACAUUUCAAUUGUUACCAUGCCUGAGGAUCUAUGCCAAGCUACACUGUGUUAUUUGCCCUUGAUCUAUCUUUUCCUUUAGCCCCCCUUUCCUCAGAUAGAGGAUCUCAGCUCCAGAGGAUGUCUCUUCAGAAUGCUAGCACCAAGAGAUCAGUAGAGAAGAAUGCUGCAGAGAGACCCUGCACACCUAAGUGGCUAGUCUCUUGUUGAUUUCUUCUAAUUGCUUUUCAAAUGCAUCACUGUGGAGUCCA